UCUAACGAUUAAACACCGUAUACUUCUACAUACGUAUAACCAGUACACAAAGUACAAAGUACACUGCCCAUCUUUGAACCACUCAGUGAUUGAAGUCGUUUUCGUACGAGUACAGGUACCGUACGUUUAAAAGCUGGUUCGACGCACGGACAAUCUUGCUUAAAUCAUGGAUAAGUACGUAACCUUGGAAGAAUAUCGGCAGAUGUGGGGCGAGGCUGAACUCCUGCAUAAACCAGACGAGGAGUACGAGGGGAUCAAGUUGUACCCAAGCAUGGCCAAGUCUGUGGAGCGUCUCAAGACUUGGACAGUCAGAGAAGACGAUGUCUGGAUCGUGACAUUCAUGAAAGCAGGCACAACUUGGGCCCAAGAGAUCGUGUCUUGCAUCAUGCAGGACGGAGACUUGGAAGCAGUCAACAAGAGACACACGGUAUUCCGAGUGUUGUUCAUUGAAAGUGACUUCCCGGAACAAAUUCGGCGUCUAAAAAACCUCCCAGACACGCUCCAGAUAGCGGACGAGACGCCAUCCCCUCGGAUGCUCAAGACCCAUCUCCCGGGCCCGCUCCUACCUCCCCAGAUAUGGCAGAAGAAACCCAAGAUUGUCUACGUCUUGCGAAACCCCAAGGAUCUCGCGGUGUCCUGUUUCCACUUCUCCAAAAUGGGCGAAACGGAUCCCAAGAUACUCGCCCAGACGUUUGGGGAGUUCUUGGAAGAAAUGCUGGCAGGAAAAAAUCACUACGGACCAUGGUGGGACCACUAUCUGUACUUCUGGAGACUGAGACACGAAGAGAACAUUCUUAUCUUGCGAUUCGAAGACAUGAAACAGGACCUGCGAAGCAAUGUCGAGAAAGUCAGUAAAUUUCUCGGCAAGAAUCUCUCCGAUGAAAAACUCGACGCCAUCACGGAGCACUGUACGUUCGGCACCAUGAAGAAGAACAAGAUGUCUCACCAUGGCAACCUAAUUGAUCAAAAGAACUCACCUGAAGGAAGCUCCUUCAUGAGGAAAGGAAAGGUAGGCGACUGGAAGACCCACUUCACAGUUGCGCAGAACGAAGCAAUGGACGCCCUCAUUCGAGACAAGCUGCACGGAACGGGGCUGAAAUUUGACUACCAGUAGACAAUCAGACUACAGCACUCUGUCAGCAUUAUACAUGUUUAUGACGGGACUGCAACUGCCAAGACAAGAGGUUGAUGUCAAGAGGCAAUUUUCCACCACCUGUACACAUGGAAAAAAUUCCUACUUGCAAGCUAACAAACUAUCGUAGUACACAAACACAAACUAAGAUUCCUUUUUUUGUUGAGUUAUACAAGUGAUUUUUAUACAAACUUUGGUGGAGUUAAUUCGGCUGGGUGUUGCCCGCCUUUACCUGCUUUGCAUUGCUUCGCUUUCUUUUGCAUUAAACUCGCCAUACCCUCUAAAGAUGAACUCCUGACGUGUCCAUGCAUUUUCACUUGCUCUUUUCCAAUUACGUAUAGAGCCUGACCACUCACGGAAAUGAUACGUGGCUAUGGGGUCACGGUGUGGCCUAGUGGUUAGGGUUCGGGGGUUCGAAUCCAGCUCGAAUCCCGCUCUCCUGUCCUCGGGCAGGCCACUUCACCCCGACCCCCACUUGCCUCUCUCCACCCAGGAGUAUAAAUGAGUACCAGCAUUAGCCGGUGGACCGGCAUCCCAUCCAGGCGGAAUAGAAAUAUCUUCAGUCGUUUCAUACAUAUGACACAAGAUACACGCCAGCUUGUUGGGCUUUAUUGGCUCGUGACAGACUUUACUAUAAGUUCAACACGAGUAUUUCGUGUAAAUAACACGUGAUGUAAAUACCAAAGCAAAAAUAGAGAAAA